AAAGUGCUGUAUGAAGCUAUCUCAUGUUCUUUUCUCUAUAGCUACCACACGAUGUCUCUGGCUCUCAGCUCGGGAAAGUGACAUACACUCACAGGGAGCAGGCUCACUUUUUCCGGGAGGCGGUGGCUAUUGGGCGGUCUCCUGCUGGAUACCCAUUUGUUCCACAAAUCAUGUACAAGCCUCAUACCAGUAGCGACCGCCGUCGAUAUGUGGAGGAGGUUAAUCUGGAUCCGCCAAUAUAUUUUUGGGUUCAGGAUCCGUCAGAAUGCGGUUUGGCAUUGUCUGACGCCUUGCAUUCACGGGUCAGGCGCCUAAUUGAUCGUGAUGAACCAAUGUUCAAGGACCGAGGACCAAGCGUUUCUGUGAGAAUCGAAUGGCCUGGUUACCGUCCGUGGAGUCGACAGAUCCCAGCAAGAGAUUUUAGAACACCGCCGUGUCCUAUCACCCGCUCUAAAUUGGCUAAGAAUGUAGCAAAAUGUGUGCAGCGAUUUAUUCAGGAACGACAAGCAGUACCAAUGGAAGACGACUCGAGCCCUGACUGGCGAAUUGGCACACAACCAAAUACGAUACGAGUUGAGGAUCUCGUUCUCGUUAGCUUGCAUCACGUGUCUAUGGGUUCUUGGCAGCCUCAUCUUCGGCUUCGUCGGCCACUGCCGCACCCUCAGUGAUCUAACCUAGAUUACGCCUUUGAGUUUGAUUCAUUCUUCUGCUCUUCGUCACUCAAUCAUUCACCACCGGUUGGGUUUAUCGUUAUUAUCUCAAUACCUUGGCCUCUUGUAUUUUCCGGAAAAAUGUACCAUACCCCCGUCAAACCAAGUUUAAUGAACUAGACAAAUUUGUUACAAUAUAAUCUAAUGCUAUCAGUAACAGCUCUGACAUUGCAAGGAAUGAGAAGAAGGGGAUAAGCUUCAAAGUACAACAAGUACCCAUGCAGACAAUAAACCAUCACAAGACGGAACA